CCCGGUUUCUGUUUCGACCUGUUCGCCGUCGCACGCGGACCGUUAUGCCCUUUGUCGUUUGAAAAAAAUUACAUACCAUACCAGAAAAUCGCGGCUCUCCGACGGGUGGCUUUUUUGUUGGGGAAUCCUCGUCGCUUCGAAGUGGUUUUUGAUGCGUUUGUUCGAAGAGUUUGCGUUUAAUAUUUAUUUUAAGAAUCAAUGAGGAUGCGUGAUGGAGAAGAGCUUCGUCUGGAAAUUUCGGACGUUCGCUAUCGUAAUUACGUGCAGUUUCGUUCUUUCAGGAGGAAACGCGCUCGUCAGAAAGGAGAACGUCGAAUCGAGCUUGGAGAGCAUCCACGACGUGGCCAUCGCUAGCCUGGGGGACCUCUGCGUCACCAAGCAGUUCGACUCGCUGACGGUGCCGCUGGACACCUCCAGGUUCGAGCCCAUCAGGCAGAAGGCCGAUCUGGCGGCCACGCUCCUGCAGGACCUGGGGGUCGCCCAUCACAACGGAUUGCAGGACGCCCUGUCGAAGAACCUCAUAGUGGCCGAUAAGUCGGUGCUAUCGGCCCGCAUAUUGGCCAUCAACGCCUCCACGGGGUCUCUGAUAAACUGCGCUUGGUGGCAGAAGCAAGGCUUGGACGUCGGGGAACCCAAGAAACUCGCAGACAUCGGCAUGGAAAUCGGACGUCGCCCCAACGCCGAUUUUCCAUGGUACGAAGACGCGGAUUCGAGCCCGGGCGUUCGCUCGCCCAAAUUCAUCGACAGCCCCCCCAACGUGGCGUAUAAGGGCUGGUGGACGUUCCCUUACUACUCGUGCUCGAGCAGAAAAUGGUUGAUAUCGUACAGCGUGCCGAUUCCGGCGCCCGGCAGGCGAGGGCUCAAAGGAUUCCUCAGCUUAGACGUCGACGUUUCCCAUUUGGAGAUAAACCAAUGCGAACGACACAGAAGCCACCAUUCCGAUAACGAAAUCUCCAUAUUUCACGGAUCCCACAAAUGCCACAACUACACCACCCAAUGCGUCUAUCGACCGUUUUUGCAUAAAGAAUCCUGGACGAGAGGAAAAUACCAAUGCGUUUGCAGACAGGGCUUUUAUUCCGAGUAUCACAAUGGCGUUUUUAAUGGAACUCUAGUGGAAAUCGCUUGGUCUGAGUAUUUGAGGAGCAGCAGUAACGCUUGGGAAAUCGUCUUCAGAUGCAGGAAAUGCGCCCCUGGAUGCCAUUUUUGCAAAGACCAAUCGCCAUGUUUAGCUACAUAUCACUGGCCGUUCAGGGUUGCUUUGUUAUCGAUUUCGAUUAUUUGCGUGAUGUGUACGAUAAUUUUGAUCCUCUACAUGUACAAACACAGAAAAUUGAAGGUCUUCAAAGUGGCCAGUCCGAUAUUCUUGAGCAUCACUCUACUAGGUUGCGCUACGAUGUAUUUAGAGAUGGCCGCCAUUUUUCCAAUAUUAGACCAAUACUCGUGCAUAGCCACCAAAUGGACGAGGCAUUUAGGUUUCUGCGUUACCUACACGGCGCUUUUAAUGAAGACUUGGAGGGUGUCGUUGACGUACCGCGUCAAGUCGGCGCACAAAGUGAAACUGACCGAUAAGCAGCUGCUCCAGUGGAUGGUGCCCAUACUGCUCGUCAUGCUGAUAUAUCUGGGCACUUGGACUCUAUCCGAUACGCCCAACGCGGAGGAUAUAGUCGACAAUAACGACUUGAGGUUCAAGCAGUGCAUGUACAAUUGGUGGGACCACAGUUUGGCUAUAGGCGAGGUAUUAUUCCUAGCGUGGGGUAUUAGAGUUUGUUACAACGUCAGAAACGCUGAAUCUCUGUAUAACGAAGCCAGAUUGAUCAGCUACGCGAUUUACAACAUCGCCAUCGUCAAUAUAAUGAUGAUCGCUUUUCACUUGUUUAUUUUCCCAAGAGCCGGACCGGACAUUAAAUAUCUAUUAGGGUUCAUUCGAACGCAGCUGUCUACAUCCACCACUAUAGCUUUGGUGUUCGGACCGAAGAUUAUAAGAGUAUUAAGAGGACAAGGAGACCAAUGGGACAGCCGAGCGAGAUCGCGAGGCGUAACAGCCUCGUUCUCGCUCAACGGAAUCGGAUUGGUACCCGAAGAAGCUCCGGACCUCUACCAAGAGAACGAGGAACUCAAAGAGGAGAUCCAGAAACUGGCCGCCCAAAUAGAGUUCAUGCGAAUCGUGCACAUGGAGAGCAACAAUCGGCACGUGAAGCCGAAGAGCGGCGGGUACUUCUCGGCGCAGAACGUGGUGCACAGCCCGCUCACCAAGGGCUACGUGCUGGGGCAGUCGUCGAAGCCGCCCGACGAGCUGUGACGGAGCGUCGCGGCGAAAGGGGUGGAAAUGAAGGAGCCCGGGCUGGGUAAAGGUGCAGGAAUCGUGUCGGAUGAUGGAGAGGUCGUGUCGCUUUGAGCGGAUUAUUGGGUUUGAAGAUGGGUGGGAAAUGGUUGGUUGGUGAGGUUCUUGUACACGCACAAAAUGUUUGUUUUAUUGAGUUUACACAUUCGAUUUAAUUCGCUGUGGUGGCUGGGAAACGGAAAAGUUCGUAGUAAUUUGGUGGGAACUUGAUGGAUUUCCUCGUUUUGUACAAAUGGUUGACCAAUCGAUAUUGGGCCAUGUCAAUUAACUUAAAAAUUUAUUAAUGAGAUAUGUGUAAAUAAGUAAAACAAUAUAACGUCAAUAUAGAAGUUUUCGAAGUCAUGAAUAUUUGAAAAACAGUAUCAAAAGUUUUCCAAACUGACAUAUUUUCAAAGAAAAUUUUUAGAAACAAUACUAAUGCAUAAGUAAACGAAUAAUUCGAAAACCAUCUAAAUAAAAUAAUGCUCACCAAAAAAUCAAAAAAGUUCGUUUUUUGAGAAAAAAAUUAAAAUUUAAGCACCAGGUGUAGUUUUCGAAAUACGUUUACUUCUUCAUAGAUAUUCGUUUCGUAUUCCUCUCUCGAGUAUUAUAUAAAUGACUGAAUUUUAUAUAAAAAUUAGCAAAGUACGUGCUUCGAAGUGUGAUAAGAAAUAAGUAAAAUAAUUAGCAAGACAAACUUAAUACGCGUUUGAAAAUGAACCGUUUAAACUAUAAAAAUAAAAUCACUCGAUGUCAAUAUGUGUUGUUCAUAUAAAAAUAUCAUAGAUAACGGUAAAUAUAUUUUUACCAUAUUAAAUAUAAUGAGCUUCUGAAGAGUUUUUUAGAUGAUUACGGUAAUUUAGAGUAGCUCCAAACUUCAACUACCGUAUUAUCUAAUAAAGGUGAUUAGCUCAAUCUAAAAAGUUGUGUAUUUACACUUUAAGAAAUUAGAAAAACUUUUUGUGAUAGAUUAUUUAGGUACAAAAUUACUCAUAUAAUAUAAAUAGUCGGUGAAUGCGACAAUACCGUUUGGAAAUAUCCUGUGUCGAUGUUAUGUAUUUUGUUUUGUUGUUGAUGUUUUACGAAGGAUAUUCAUAUAGGAAAUCCUUUUAACGAUGAUUGUAUCUCACUUCCAGCUACUAAAAAUAAUAGGGGUUCAAAACAACUAAAAUUGCAAGUUUGUACUAAUCAAAAACCAAAUGAGGUACAAAACGAUUGUUAAAAACGAUGUUUAUUUCAAAGUAUGCUGGCAAUACAACUCGAUUUAUACUAAUUUACCUGAUCUCAACAUACUCAGUAUAUCUCUAUAAAUGUUUUACUGUUGACAACUAUAAAUGUUUUAUAUUUGUAUUAAUUUUAAAGAAUAUAUAAGUCUACGUAUCCAAUCAGAAAGAAAAUAUAUUAUAUAUUGGUAUAAAAAAAAUGUUGAAUAAAUGUGUUUACAAUAAACCGAUUAGGUACAUUCUUUAACCCUUACUUAAUACUCCAACAAAGACAUCAACUUUUUGGGUAGGAAUUAAUUAAAUUUAACGCAAGUGGGAUCGAAGGGCCCGCUGAACGGGGACCCCUCCGCUGACCAGGCCUUCUUUAACGUUUCGUGCAUGGCUAAUUCUUCGGAUGUGGGCAGACCUAAAAUUUUCCUCUGUUGAUUCCACUGCAACUCCUCGAUUUUGGCUUGAGCUUCUUCGGUCAGUUCCUCGAAAGGUCGCGAACAGUCCAAUUUGGAUACAUCGAGUUGAGGUUCGUUGUUCGUCAGGCAAUUCCACCACAUUUCCUGCGUUUUUUCUAAGUGAAUCAGGAGUUUCUGACCGUCCACAGACCAGACUGCAUCGUUGGCUUUGCAUUUUUUGUGGAGGUCCCCUUUAAGCAAAACUUCGCCGCUUUUUAACUUCACGUGUAAGUUGUUGGGGGAUAUUUUCACUUCGAUAUCUCUACUCGUACAAUUUUUGGGUAUUUUAACUAUAACAUCGAUAUCUGUUAUGGUUUGGGACCAACAGUAGUUGUCGAAAACUCCUCCAUUAUAGCAAUCUGACUUGGAGAAAACGAGCUCCUGUGGGUCUUCUUUGGUUGAAGAAGUUACUUCGUUAAUUUCAUUGAUAGUCUCUGUAACGAUUUCUUCGUUUGCCACUGAUAGCUCGUUUAGAUUACAAAUAUUUGGCGUUUUUGGCGGUUUGAACUUAUAGAAUGAUUGUCGCACAAGCUUCUCUGCUAAGCCUUCUGGUAGUCCCACAGGAGAAUUAGCUUCGGUUGCCACACGGUAAAAGUCUGUC